AUGGCCGGCCGCCCGCCACUUAAACUCCUCAUGCUCCACGGCUACACCCAGUCCGGCCCGCUUUUCCACGCCAAAUCCCGCGCGCUCAUAAAACACAUUACAAAGGCCUUUCCCCUCCACGAAAUCUCCGCAAUAUAUCCUACCGGUCCGCUUCGCCUUAACCCCGCUGAUAUUCCAGGGUAUACACCCGCGCAUGACUCCAACGGUAAUGGCGACGAUAAGGACACAGAAAUUGAAGCGUAUGGCUGGUACAGACGGUCGAAUACCGCGGAGCCGCCACUGUAUGUCGGGCUUGAGGAUGGACUCAAUGCGAUUGCGAAGGUGCUGGGUGAGGAGGGCCCUUUUGACGGCGUGAUUGGUUUUAGUCAGGGGGCGGCGAUGGCGGCGAUGGUUGCGUCGUUGUUGGAGGGGGAGAAGAGGAGAGAGGCGUUUGCGCGGUUUGCGUCUUCUUCUUGUUCUUCCUCAGAAACAACGGCAGAAGGAAUCCCUUACCCGGAUUCUUUCGCCGAAUUGGACCACCCCGCGAUGAAAUUCGUAUUGUGCUACAGGCUUUUUAUGAGGCUCCGCCGAUUCAGACGCCUAUCCUGCAUGUGCUGGGCUCUCUGGAUGCGGUUGUUGAUGAGGGGAGGAGUCGGUCGCUUGUGGAAGCUUGCGCUGGGGAUCCGGAGAGCGAGGGCAAGGUUGUUUGGCAUCCUGGGGGUCACUUUCUGCCGAGCCAGCGGCCUUAUCUAG